AUGUCAGAGAGCGGCGGCGUCGGGGAGGGAGAUGGCGGAGAGAGGGGGAGUCUCUCCACCGUCGGCUGCGUCGGGAAGGGAGAUGGCGAAUCGCUGAAUCGCCGUUCAGGACAUGCGGCAGGGAGAGUUAGGGCAUGCGGGGGCGGCAGGGGAGAGAGCUCGCGAUGCAGAGAAGAGGAAGGGGUUAGAGGUUGGGGUGGAAUGGUGGAUCGAUUAGGGUUAGGUUGGAAAUGCGUCGACGUCGUUUUACGAGGGGCUAGAUGCGUCGGUUAG